AUGGAGCCACCCAGCGAGGAUGCAAAUGCAAAACGAUGCAGGAGGGCUGAAAAUACCGAAGGAAAUGAAAGUGGAACGGUUAAAACAGGGGAAGAAACAAAGAAGGGAUGCACUUCUGCUGCAGAGGAAUGGGAUCAGAAGCAAGCCAAGCCUGUUCCCAAGCCUCCCGAGCCCCCAAAAGACUACAUUCAUGUUAGAGCGAGAAGGGGUCAAGCUACUGAUAGCCAUAGUCUUGUAGAAAGAGUUCAUAGGGAAAAGAUUAGCGAAAGAAUGAAACUUCUACAAGAUCUAGUACUAGGUUGCAAUAAGGUCACCGGGAAAGCACCUACCGCUACCAUCAUCGUCACUGCUGCAACCACCACUUAG